CUAAAGUACACUUUUAUUCUAAAUACGUUUUUUGAAUUUAUGCUGGCCUUUGGGUGGCUGGAGAGAUUGCCCAAUUGUUUUACCUCCCAUUUAAGCUACAUCCACAAUAAGGAACAAUUUAUUGUGCCUAAGGGUGUGUUUAAUACUUUGCAAGGUGAAGGAGUGCCAGCAGCAUUGCUAUCAACUACUGCUUCGCAUGUUGAGGAAAUUCGUAGAUUUGUUAGUUCCCUUAAUUAA